UUGCUGGCUUCUAGCGCAUGCGCAAAUGCACGUAGAGCGACGCAAAAAGACGAAGACCGCAGGCUAUGGUUUUUCGGAUAAUUUUCGAAUUCACGAUCAUAAAGUCAUAUGAUUCACAGCAAAUAUAGCAACAAAUAUCUCAAUUGGUAUUUUCCAAAGCCACGAAACGUGCAUUGAGUUUGGAGCGAUAUCUGAAGUGAAGAUUGAAGACGUGAUAGAAGAUGGACGACUACUGCUAUGCUAAGAUGGCGACGUCCGCUAAAAGAGAACAUGAAAGAGAAUCAGCGCCACCAACUUCCAGCAAAUCACCAACGGAGAUAAAGACGAAAGAUGAAGAUGUUCAGCAGCUGAUUGGUCAUCCAGAAGAAGUUUCCCUUCAGUUGGCAGGGGGGAGCUCCACUUUGAAGCAGGAGACUCCACAACCACCCUGCAUUAAAAAGGAAGAGGAGGAACUCUGCAUCACUCAGGAGGGAGAGUGUCUUCUAGGACGAGAGGAAGCUGAUUACACCAAGUUUCCACUGAGUAUUCUCUCUGUGAAGACUGAAGAUGAUGAAGAGAAACCACAAGUGGACAACUUCUUAGCUCCACUAUCAGAUAACGUCCAGCAGCUGAUCGGUAAUCCAGAAGAAGUUUCCCCUCAGUUAGGGGGGAGCUCCACUUUGAAGCAGGAGACUCCACAACCACCCUGCAUUAAAAAGGAAGAGGAGGAACUCUGCAUCACUCAGGAGGGAGAGUGUCUUCUAGGACGAGAGGAAGCUGAUUACACCAAGUUUCCACUGAGUAUUCUCUCUGUGAAGACUGAAGAUGAUGAAGAGAAACCACAAGUAGACAACCUCUUAGCUCCACUAUCAGAUAGUGAGGCUGAAGACGAGGUUGAAGAACCUUUGAGCAGCGAUACAGACUGUGAAGGUGAUAUGAGGACUCACACUGACAACAAACACUCUGAAUGCUCUAAAAAGAAGAAAGGUAAAAAAUGUAUGAGCUGUUCAGUUUGUGGUAACAUUUUUACUAACAGGAGAAAUUUAACUUGCCACAUGAAAACCCACAAAGGAGAAAAAACAUUUAAAUGCUCACUUUGUUGUAAUAGUUAUACUCGAAAGAGCCAUUUGGCUGACCACAUGAGGACGCACACAGGAGAAAAACCAUUUACUUGUUCAGUUUGCGGUAAAAGAUUUUCUGAAAAGAGCAGUGUGACUAGACACAUGACAACACACACAGGAGCAAAACCAUUUAAUUGUUCAGUUUGUGGUACAAGCUUUUCUCUAAAGAGUAAUUUGAUUGAACACUUAAGAAGACACACUGGAGAAAAACCAUUUAGUUGCUCACUUUGUUGUAAUAGUUAUAGUCGCAAGAGCCAUUUGACUGACCACAUUAGAACACACACAGGAGAAAAACCAUUUACUUGUUCAGUUUGUGGUACACGAUUUUCUCAAAAGGGCAGUGUGACUAAACACAUGAGAACACACACAGGAGAAAAACCAUUUAAUUGUUCAGUUUGUGGUACAAGCUUUUCUCUAAAGAGUACUUUGAUUGAGCACAUGAGAACACACACUGGAGAAAAGCCAUUUAGUUGCUCACUUUGUUGGAAUAGCUUUACCCGAAAAAGUCGUUUGGCAGAACACAUGAGAACACACACAGAAGAAAAAAUGUUUACUUGUUCAGUUUGUGGUAAAAGCUUUUCUCAAAAGGGCAGUGUUACUAAACACAUGAAAACACAUAUGGGAGAAAAAAACACUUAUUUGCUCAGUUUGCAGUAAAAUAUUUGCUUCCAGACAUGGUCUAUUUCGUCACUUGAGAAAACACGUAGGCAGCGAUACAGGCUGCAAAAGUGAUGU